AAAUUUAUAUUUCAUUAUAAAACGCAAUUCAGUUUCGAAACAACUGCGAACGCGAGUGGAUUUUUCUCCAGAAAAUAUAUCAGCCGCUGCUUUAACUAAGCGUUUUGAGGAAGAACUUAAUAUUAAACGGUUAUAUAAAUAUCGAAAAAAGUCGAAAACGAUGGCUAAUAUAUUACAAAAGUUGUUGUUGAGUGUUUUGCUGUUGCACCAGUUCACACGCUCGACCGCCUUCCUCAUACCACGCGAUCCCGACUGCACAAAUAGCGAUAACGAGACAAUCGAACCCAGCGAGAAAUGCUCAUCAAUGCUGCACUUUCAACGCAAUCUCGGUAAAUAUCGCAACUUCUUCGCCAAUCUGCUGCAGGAAGAGAACGAGCAAUUCGCGGCCGAACUGCAGGAACUUUACAACUUAGUGAGCUCGGCGCUGGUGGAACACGACUACAAUGAGAUGCAGCGGCAAUUUUUCUACUCCGUUUGGCUGGUUGAGCGCACCAAAGACCUGGAGGAUUAUUUGAAUAUGAAGGGUUUCCGAAAAAUAUAGGCAAACCAGUAGAAUUUAAAAGAUUUUUUAAAAUUACUUGUAUGAAUUUAGUUGGUUUCAAUGUUUGUAUGUAUGUUAUAUACACUCCGAUUGUGUUUUCUUCAGUUACCUAUACAAAUGCUCUGAUAGGAAAUGGAAAAUGUUUUUCUAAAAGUUUGCUGCGCUCUUCGAUUCACAUUUUUUAUAUUUAUUGUUCGUUAAUUUAGUAUAAUUAUCUUUUACUUAAAUAGUAUUAUUAUGGGUGUUGCAAAUAUGUUAUAACAAUAAAUAGUAGGCUUAAUAUAAAUAAACUCAAUUACUUCCUCAAUUACCACUCAAGCGAUAUAUCGGAAUAAAAUUAAGAAAAAAUUUA